AUUUUGACUUUUCUUAUCUUUCCUGCCACAGAAAGCAUCCAUAAGCUGAAAGAGAAAGCCAAGAAGAGGAAAGGACGAGGCUUCGGUUCAGAGGAAGGAGCCAGGUCCAGAAUCAAAGAUGAUACCUACGAUACUGUGGAGCAGGACGGUGACGAGCCAGGCCCCCAGAGAUCUGUGGAGGGCUGGAUCCUGUUUGUGACCGGUGUCCAUGAAGAGGCCACAGAGGAAGACAUCCAUGACAAGUUUUCAGAGUUUGGCGAAAUCAAGAACCUGCAUCUUAAUCUUGACCGCAGGACGGGCUACCUCAAGGGAUAUGCACUGGUGGAGUAUGAGACAUACAAAGAGGCCCAGGCAGCCAUGGAAGGGCUCAACGGUCAGGACAUGAUGGGACAGCCCAUCAGUGUUGACUGGGGGUUUGUCAGAGGGCCCCCCAAGAACAAGAGGAGGUGA